AUGUCAAAUAAGAGUCAAGAGGAGUACAUGUGGAAACCAUUGGCUGAAUGCAAUCGUGCCCGCCUUCAAAAUUCAUGUUUGGACACACCUCACAAACUAACAGAAAAAUUCCUAGAGAUUAUACCAGAUCUUCAGGAAUUGGAGACUGUUCCUUCGCCUAGAAUAAUGGGGUCCCAUCUUCCAGUUAAAUAUAUUCCAAAAGAAAACAAAGGAAAAAUUAUCCAUUCCGUUCGUAAUCCGAAAGAUAUUGUCUUGUCUGCUUUUCAUCAUUACACAACCGAUCCAUAUGUGAAGAACUACGUGCAUCCUGACUGGCCCAGUUUCGUUGAUGAUUUCCUAAGUGGGGACUGUUACUAUGGAAGUUGGUUUGAAAGAGAGAAAGAGUGGGAAGAGGCAGCACGACAAAAUCCCGAAAAGAUUUUGAUUGUUUAUUAUGAAGAUCUUAAGAAGAAUGCUAUAGAGACGAUGCUACAGAUAUCCAAUUUUCUUGGAACUUCGUCUGAUCCUAAAUUUCUUCAGGCUGUUUAUGAUGCUUGUACCUUUGAUAAAGAGAGGUUGGUGAUUGGAAAUCGAUGUUAA